AUGAGAAGUCCGCAUAAGUUGAGCAAGGAUGUUUCUAUAUAUCCUGAUAUGGAGCGUCUUGAUUAUUUUGAAUCUUUAAUAGAUAGGUUUUUACAAGGAAAUAAUCCUAAUUCUUUAAUUUAUGUUGAAAGAACAUGGGGCAAUUACC